CAAGUCAAACCAGUUUAAAAUACAAUGAGCCUAAACUGCUGCGAGUGAGCUGGAGGAACAACUCACAGUAAAGGUGCUGCACAGACGAGACCGUCCUUCAAAAAACGGCCAAAAACUGCUGGGUGACCUCUGUUAUUUCAGUUUUGACUAAAUGGAUGUAUCAACCUCCAGGAGGAUCGUCUUAUUGGGGAAGACUGGAGCCGGGAAAAGCAGCCUGGCUAAUACCAUUUUUGGAAAGGACAUUUUCAAGAUAAACCAUUCUCCAACUACUGAAACCAGUCUGUCUCAAGUAGAAACCAAGUGUGUCAGAGGAAGAAAACUCACUUUGAUUGACACACUCAGCUUAUUCGACACUGGUGGGUCCGAGGACUUACUUAGGACUGAGAUAGUCAGGUGUAUCACAGAGUGUGCUCCUGGACCGCACGCUUUUCUCAUCGUGCUAAAAGUGGACAAAUACACACAGCAGGAGAUAGAUGUUAUUAGAAAAAUAUGCGACUAUUUCUCAGAGGAUGCUCUGAAGUUUGCUGCACUUGUAUUUACUCAUGGAGAUCAGCUCCCAGAUGAAAUGAAAAUUGAGCAGUUUGUCAGCCAUAAUGCAGGGCUGAGUGAUCUGGUGAAGAAAUGCGGAGGAAGAUGCCACGUUGUUGACAAUAAAUACUGGAAAGUUAAUGACGAAGGCCAGUACAGGAGCAAUCAGUUUCAGGUGGCAGAGCUUCUCAGGACAAUUGAUGAGAUAAUCAAGGCAAAUGAUGAAAGAUGCUACACCAAUGAGCUGCUGAAAGAAGUGACAAGAGAAAUACAGAAGAAGGAAGACAACAUAAGACAGUCAACAAGUAAUAUGUCACCAGAAGCAAUCAGAAACAAAGCUACGACCAAUGUGUUUAAUGAGUUACUGAUCAAGUUAGUGGGUGCUACUACAGGUGUUUUGUUUGGAGCUUUUCUUGGUGUGGCGGAACAGGUUUACUCCAUUGUCUGGAAUUUAAAGGAGCCUUCAGAAUUAGCUGCACCAGCUCAGGGAAAGAUAUUAAUGUCUGCUGCUCUACAAGGGGCCAUGAGGGGAGGUACGGUGGGAUAUGGUGCAGCUGUCAGAGCAGAAACUCCAGAGGAUGCAGCUCAGAAAGCUGUAGGUGCUUUAUGGAACGACUCUGCAAGGUCAGGCAAGCAGAAGUAACAAACAUGUGCUCUAAUAUUAGAUUUGGGAAAAAAUAAAUAAAUAAAUAGCCUUAAUGGAAAAUACGCUCUCUCAUCAUAUUAUGUUAAGAGAUUAAAUGUAAAAAGAAUUCUUGAUGUUGCCAUUUUUAACUAAAUGUUAUACAUUAUAUUAUAAUAUUUACACUACCAUGUCGCAUAAGGUCAUUUCUAAGUUUUCUUUAUACAAUCUGGAGCAUUUACUAACAAAGGUUGUCAAAUAACUGGUUUAGGGUUAGCAAAGUACUAUUAGCUAAAUGUUACACAUUAAUAGUUUGUCAGUAGUUAGAAUAUUGAGUUUACAUUUACUGUACAUUUUAAACAACAUAUACAUUCCUUAUUAAGAAAAUUACGUCUUAAAAGAUGAAAAUUACAACUAUUUCUAUGUAUUUUCUGUUUGUUUCUGAUUAUACAUUAUUAUUGACUUAUAGACGUUGAUAUUUAAAACAUUUGAAAUACUUAUUUUCUUUUGGUAUUUGGGCCAAAAUGUUUUGUUUGCUUUCUUGUUUGUGAUUCAAACUUUCUAAAACUUUCACAUACCUAAAGAAAAUCAUUAGCAAUAUAUUUAGUCUGCCCUAAUAUUGUAUUUAAGAGUUAAAUAACCAUGUUGUAAAUUUUAAGAAUGUUUUUCUCAUCUGGUUGUUUUCUUCUACAUUAAAGUUUCAGUUUUCUGUUUUUAAGUUUCAGUCUGCAUGUCUAUGAUGAAAAAACUUUGUCAGUGGCUAUCUGUGUCAGGUCAUGUCUUGGCAUUCUUAUACAAGCUUGAAAUACCCUGUUAAAAAAUAAAAAUAAAUAAAUAAAUCCC